AUGGUAUUCAAACCAACGCUGAAUAUUACUGAACAGAUUGCCGAUCAUCUUGCCGAUCUCGUCAUCAUUGGCGACCUGCCGGGAGGUGCUCGGAUCCAGGAAUUAAAAAUUGCUAAUGAGCUCGGUGUUUCUCGCGGCUCUGUUCGUGAGGCGCUGCUUAUUCUCGAAAGACGCCAUCUGAUUGAAAUCGUGCCGCGUAAAGGUGCUGUGGUCAACGAGAUCAACGCCCAGGAAGCCCUGGAUCUGGUCGAUAUGCUGGCCUCUGUAGAGCACCGCUGGUUCCACAGUUUGCUGGAGACAGGCGCAGACGAGAGUCUGGCUGCGGCAGGUAAUUUACUGUCGACGAUGGAUCGCGCGGCGAAGACAGGUGGCGUGAAUGAAAUCAUUCAGGCCCGCGGCGCGUUUUAUGCCGAGUUACUGAGUCCGGCAACACGUUACAUGAAUGGCGUGUUCGAGUGCCUGCUGCCCACCAGUCAGCGUCUGAUGUGUGUUUUGAUUGAGCGCAGUGAUGUAGACCUGCAUGAUAUUGCACGCUACUACCGUGCGCUGCAUACAGCAUUGCGGGAAGGUGACGCAGAGCGGCUGGAUGAACUGCUUAAUGCGUUCCACAAACGGCAAUCUGUCCUGGGCAGGUCUGCCGCUGGCCUCAGUUUUAAAUCUUUUGUCGACGCGACAACCGUUACCCUCCCCGGAAAUCGCUGCGCGGUUGUUGGGCCUAACGGAUGCGGUAAGUCGAAUAUCAUCGAUGCCGUGCGCUGGGUUAUGGGUGAGAGUUCUGCCAAGCAGUUGCGCGGCGAAAGCAUUACAGAUGUCAUCUUCAGCGGUUCCAAUACGCGCAAACCGACAGCAACCGCUUCUAUCGAGUUGUUCUUCGAUAAUUCCGACGGUCGGAUUGGUGGCGAAUAUGCCGCCUACGCGGAAAUAGCGAUACGCCGGGUGGUCACCCGGGAUGCUCAAUCCAACUAUUACCUCAACGGUAACAAAUGCCGCCGUCGUGAUAUCCAGGACGUUUUCCUUGGCACCGGUUUUGGCCCGCGCAGUUAUUCAAUCAUUGAACAGGGCAUGAUUUCUCAGCUGGUGGAAGCCAAGCCAGAGGAGUUGCGGGUUUAUCUGGAAGAAGCUGCCGGUAUUUCCAAAUACAAAGAGCGCCGUCGGGAAACAGAAAACCGGAUCAAACACACGAAGGAAAACCUCGAACGUAUCAAUGACAUACGAGAGGAACUUGCAAGACAGCUUGAUCGUCUGGAGCGCCAGGCUCAGGCUGCAGAAAAAUAUCGCGAACUACGCCAGGAAGAAUCCCUGGUGACCGCGCAGCUGUAUGUUCUGAAACACACUGCAUUACAUGCGCAGUUAGCUGAGCGCGAAACCCAUAUCAAAGAGCUUGAGCUGGAGCAGGAGAAGGCCAUCGCGUCUCAGCGGCAGCUUGAAGCCCAGAUAGAAGCCUCCCGCCAGAAUCAUGCAAAUACCAGUGAGCAGUUCAAUGCUGUUCAGGGGCAGUUCUAUCAGCUCGGGGCAGAUAUUGCCCGCAUUGAAGAAGCGAUUGCGUUUAAUCAGGCGCGGGUCAAACAGCUUGAGCUGGACCUGCAGACGGUACAGCAGCGCCAGAGUGAAACUGAUCGCCAGAUCACCAUGGACAAAGAUCAGAUCGGCGAUCUGCAGGCGCGCCUGAACGAGCUGCUGCCUCUGGUCAGCGCUCUGGCUGAGCAGGACGCCGACUUACAGCAGUCGCUCCGUGAUGCAGAAGGUAAUAUGGGUGACUGGCAGCAGCGCUGGGACCAGUUUAACAGCCAGGCUUCACGUAAUGAUCAGGAAGCCGAAGUGCAGGCCUCGCGUAUUGAGCAUCUGGAACAGCUGUUACAGCGCCUGCGCGGUCGGCAGGAUGAAUUGUCCCUGCAGCAGGAAGCACAGCAGGAUCAUCCCGGCGGCGAAGUUGUGCAUCAACUUGCGCAAGAGAUAUCUGGUCUGGAAACCCAAUCCCGCGAUUUGAAUAUAAAAAUUGAUGAAUGCCUGAAAGCUCUGGGCCAGACCCGCGAAGAGGCGUUGCUGCGGGAGCGCGAAGUGGAGGCGGCUCGGGCUGCGGUACAGGAAAUGCGCCACGAGUUGGCCAGCCUGCAGGCGAUUCAGGAUGCUGCCCUGGGUCAGACUGUGCAGGAGGCAGAAGCCUGGAUUGCACAGCACAACUUAACCGCAACGCCACGUCUGGGAGAAACCCUCGCCGUGGUCCCUGGUUGGGAGCGGGCAGUUGAGACGGUGCUUGGGCACUUCCUCAGUGCUCUGCAAGUUGAUAAUCUUGAUGACUUUGCUGCGUCUCUGGCGGAAUUGUCCGAAGGCGAUCUGGCUCUGGUUGAGCUGAACAAACAAAGCCAGCCUGCAGCCGAAAAUACUGAACUGGCGCUCCCCAGUCUGCACUCUCUGGUGCGAGCAGACGCGGUCAGCGCGGUUUCACUUCUGCAUGGCAUUUAUGCGGCGCAGUCCGCUUCGGUUGCCCUGUCCAAACGCCAUCUGCUCCAGCCUGGGCAGAGUAUCAUCACCCGUGAAGGAUUCUGGAUCGGUGCGGAUUGGAUGCGGGUACUGCACGAUCAUGAUCAGGAAGCUGGCAUUAUCGAACGCGGACAACAGCUUGAAACCCUGAACGUACAGGUUGAAGAAGCUGAGCAGCAUCUUGCUGAACUGCAACAACACGUCAGUGCCGGCCGCGAGGCGGUUGAGCGUAUCGAAAUGCAGCGCGAAGAGUUGCAGCGUACAUUGAACCAGCUGAAUCAGAGCCUCGGCCAGCGUCGUACUGACCACGGUGUCACACGUGUGAAGCUGGAAGAAGCUGGCGCUCGUCGUGAACGCCUGAUGAAAGAUGCUGCGGAUAUCAGUGAACAGCUUGAGGCGGAAACUUCGAGCUUGAACACCGCGCGCGAGCGCUUGCGUGAAGCUGAACUGCUUCGCGAAGGCCAGGCCGAAAUGCGGCAGCAACUGCAAGCUGAGCGUGAACAGGCGGAUGCAGAUCUGCUCGCUGCGCGAGAACAGGCACGCCUUAAAAGAGAUGAAUUUUACGCGCUGAAUGUCGAAAAAGAAGGCCUUCAGUCGCGGCUGUCCGCCAGCGAAACAGCGCGCCAGCGCCUGGAAAAACAGCAACAGGAGUUGGCCCAACAACAGGAGCAGCUAACUUCGGGUAUCGCCACCAGCCAGACACCGCUGCCGGAUCUGCAGCGGGAACUGGCGGAAAAACUCGAUGCCAGGGUAUCAAUCGAAAAUGAACUUGCCACGAUACGUGCUCAGCUGGAACAGGCUGAGCAACUGACUCGAACCCUCGAUGGACAGCGCCAGGCACAGGAGCAGACCGUAGAAAAAAUGCGUGGCGGCCUGGAACAGGCGCGGGUUGAACGUCAGGGUCUGGCUGUGCAGGAAAAUAAUCUGCUUGAGCAACUGGGCAGCACUGGCCAUAGCUUAGAGCAGGUACGUACUGAAAUGCCCGAAGAGGCAGAAGAAAACGUGUGGAGUGAUCAGCUUGAUCGUUUGGGUCGGCGUAUUGCCAGACUCGGUGCUAUCAACCUGGCUGCGAUAGAAGAAUACGAACAGGAAUCUGAACGUAAGUUAUACCUUGAUUCGCAAGCGGAAGAUCUGGACUCGGCAAUGGAAACAUUGCUGGAAGCCAUCCGCAAAAUAGACCGGGAAACCCGGACACGUUUCAAGGACACAUUUGAAGCGGUAAACAGCCGUCUGGGUGAGCUGUUUCCGAAAGUUUUUGGCGGAGGACACGCCUAUUUAGAACUGACCGGGGAGGACCUUCUCGAUACCGGUGUCUCGCUUAUGGCAAGACCACCUGGUAAACGCAAUGCCAGCGUACAUCUGCUCUCUGGAGGCGAAAAAGCUAUGACGGCGGUCGCUCUGAUCUUCGCCAUUUUCCACCUGAACCCGAGCCCGGUUUGCCUGCUCGAUGAGGUGGAUGCUCCUCUGGACGACGCAAAUGUCUCGCGCUUUGCAGCACUCAUUAAAGAAAUGUCAGCUGAUGUGCAAUUCCUCGUAAUUACACAUAACAAAAUUACGAUGGAAAUGGCUGACUACUUGAUGGGUGUCACGAUGCAGGAACCAGGUGUUUCGCGCCUGGUUUCGGUAGACGUGGACGAGGCCGCGGCCAUGGCGGUGUAA